AUGGCAGCACAAACACCAGAGCUGCCAUCAACCAUCAAGGCAUGGCGGUUCCACACCGCCGCCCACGGGGCGCACAAGCACCUCCAGCUCGAGGACAUCCCCAUGCCCGAGUUCAACGAGAAGCGCCUGCCCCCUAACUCGUCCCUCAUCAAGGUCCUCGCCGCCACCGUCAACCCGAUCGACGUCAAGAUGGCCGGCAUCCCCAUCAUCGGCCGCUUCACUCAGCCGAUGCCCGCCGUCGUGGGCCGCGACGCCUCGGGCAUCGUCGUCAAGACGACCGACCCGUCGCUCCGCGCAGGCCAGCUCGUCGCGUGCCGCCUGAGCGAGAACCAGGCCCCCGGCGUCAUGGCCGAGUACAUCGUCGUGCCCGGCAACGACAAGGGGGCCGCGGCCGCCGUGCCCGCCGGCGUGUCGGCCGUCCAGGCCGCGACCGUCGGCACCACGGGCGCCACGGCCCUGCAGGCCAUCGCCAGGCGGUACGACCUCGGCAAGCUGGACGGCGGGCCGCGGCGGAUCUUCAUCAACGGCGGCUCCGGCGGCACGGGCACCUACCAGAUCCAGGUCGCCAAGGCGCUGGGGUUCCACGUCACGGCGUCGUGCUCGGGCGCCAACGCGCAGCUGUGCCGCGACCUCGGCGCCGACGAGGUCCUCGACUACAAGCAGGCCGAGCCGGCCCGGGCGCUGGCGGAGCAGGUGCGCGCCGGGAGCCAGCCGGCGUACGACCUGGCCGUCGACAACGUCGGGAUCAGCUGGGAGCGGUACCGCGCGGCGGACGAGUUCCUGGCGCCGGGGGGCGUGUACGUGCAGGUCGGCAUCGGGUUCCGGUGGGCGGAGCUGCGGUCGGCGCUGCGCAUCAACUGCUGGCCGUCGUGGCUGGGCGGCGGGAGGCGCGCGUGGUCGUUCCUGUCGAUGCGGACGGACCGGGCGGACAUGGAGCGCGUGCUCGGGUGGAUGGGCGAGGGCAAGGUCAAGGUGCCGAUCGACAGGGAGUUUGAGUUUGGCGAGGUGCCGCAGGCGUACGAGACGCUGCUGGCUGGGCGGGCGAGGGGCAAGAUUGUGGUCCGGUUUCCGGCUCUAGAGGAGAAUGCGACCGCUUGA